CUGUCAUCGUCAUGAGAAAUAAGGGACGACGACAGUGGCAUCGGCUCUAGGCCGAAUAAACAAUCCUGAUGAGAACCCCUCGCCUAUCGAGUUAUGCCAUCCAUCGUGCUGUUAAGUAUCAGCUGAUACAACAAACAAACGCAUAUAAGACGACGAAACAGCAAAAUGCGUCCCUCAAGAUCCAUCCCCCUGAUUCUACCAAGCAAGACUACACUAACCGUACAACAUCAACAUGGCCCGACUCCGCCUUUCCCAUGACUCCCCCAUCGACCCCUCCUAUACUCCCACAGCUAGCAUCACCGCCCUCCCCGCCACAACCCCAAUCGAAUACAUCCUAGCUGUUCUCGAGCGCGACGGCGACAUCAUCCUCCAUGACCUCGUCACUCCCAUGGACCUAGCUGCCAUCGCCACCGAAACCCAGCCCUGGAGCACCCCGCGCCGCCACCUAAACCCUCAAGCCCAGGGCGACGUCUUCUACACCACCUCGCCGCAGACCAGCCUCAUCCCAGGUCUGGUCGGCAAAUUCGCCACCGCAGCACGUAUCUACGAGUACCCAGUGCUCGAAGCUCUACAGACGCGGGUUUUAAUCAAUGAAUGAACAGUCGUCCGCGAAGUGUGCUUCGAACCCAACCGCAUAGACCCCAUACUGAGCAUGAGCGCCUCGAUGAACAUCGGUUACGGUCCCCAUCAGGCCGAAAAGAGGAGGGCCACUGCAGGGCUGGUCGGCUGCCAUCCGAUCCUAUCGCGAUAUUCUCUGGCUGAUAUUACUAUCAUAAGAAUUCUAACAACAUCAGUAAGCACAUACGACCACAGGGUGUGGAAAAUAGGGCUUCCCGUCCGCUCAGCCGUACUCAAGCC